GCGUGAGCACGAGAUUAGCGGUUGCUAAGUGUUUUUCUCCUACCAGCCUGCUCGCAUAUGCCGUAGAUGUCUUUAAAUUUCCAGCCAUAUCAUGAAUACAGAUCCUUGGUGCAGCUGAUGGUAAUUGCAGUUCGCUAAGGAUCGUGAAGGACGUACGUGUAACUUGUGAGUAUUAGGAUGUCGUUUAGCGGUGUCGAGGGAAGUCAUUUCUUCGACGGAUCUAUUUGAAAUAUUGGCAGCUAGUCAAUUUUGCAGUCCCCAAGUAAUAGCGCUUUACUGAGUGGGGAUAUAGUUGGGAUUAUGUUUCCGAAAUUCGUCCAUCGGGUUACACCUUUAUUGUAUGGGUGUAGUUCCGCUCACGGGCUUACGGGCUAAUGCGCGGGAGUGGAAGAAGACCAUAUACCGAAUCGAGAAAUAUAAAAAUAGUACAUAACUUUUUUAUAUGCAUUUAAAAACACACAUCGGCUGUACUUCUACGGCAGGAAGAACAUAUCCUGGCUAAACCUACCGGAUUUGGGGGGUGUCAUCCUGUGAAAGUCACAGAAGAGUUCAAUCAUAUCAUAUACAUUAGGUUAGCACCUCAGUGGUUUAUAGUCCAGGCCAUGUACGCACAGAUUGGGUGUCCGCCCCCUGCCCGGAUCACGCUCUAGGCGGUGCUGACCUCAGAUUCUGCUGCCCUGCCUACUGUCAAAAAUUGCGAUUAGGUUAGCACCUCAGUGAGUUAUAGUCCAGGCCAUGUACGCACAGAUAGGGGGUGUCCGCCUCCUCCCCGGGUCACGUUCUAGGCGGUGGUGACCUCAGAUUCUGCCGCCCUGCCUACUGUCAAAAAUUGCGAAUCAUCUUGAAGAAACUCGCGGCAAAAUUUGUAUAAGUUUCACAUGGCAUUCCGCGUCCAUUCUUGUUUCAUCCGUUAUUCUCUGUUCUUUCUGUUAAAAUCAUUUGUUCUUUUCUGUUUAUUUCUCCUUGGUGAAGAAGGUCAUAAGCCCGUCUACGAAACUAGAACCAAUUUUAUCCUCGGAAUUGGACUCGUACGUCUUCAAGGCCUUAGGUAGCGCUUUCGCCACUAAGCAUUAAAUUAUCGUCUUCAUUAUAAAAAUUAAAACGAUAUCUAGAUGUGGUGUAUCGCGCAUUCGAAAGACCGAUGAUGAUAUAUUGCUGUAGCCCUGCAUUAUCAUUUGCCAGUCUUGCACCCCCAGCAUAAAUGUGAUACAUGCUUCAGAUCAUGUAAGUCUCGACUAUGAAGAGAAAAUUGCACCAACGGAUGGUGGUGUUCAUGGAGCUGCUUGCCGUAGUCAGCCAUGCUCAGGCAGGCAAUGUCACGACUGUCACGUGGGGGAGCGUGCGUCCUAUAUAUACUCACAGGGAACUGUGCUGACAAUUGACUUAAAGCAUCUCAACUCAGGGAAAACACCCAGAGAGCACAGCCGGCGCCCGGAUUUGAACCGGGGCCACCUCCAGUCCUCGGCCUAGAGUACCAUCAUCGUAACCACUAGGCCACGGGAGCUGAUGAAUCAUCGUGACAUAUCAUGAUCUGCAGGACAUAGGCUUUUAGCAUUAAGUAUCAAUAAGGCCAGUAGGAAACGUCGUUGUGUCAUUGGGGAACCGAAGACGUGGGGUCUCCGAAUUAGAGCCUUUUUCGAAAGGGUCAAACAACCUACUCAGAAAAUAGUUCACCUCGAGGAGUGUGUGAUGAACCGAGUCUCGCGUACAAAAAGGCCAAGCGGUAGCACCUCGCCAAAAGGAAAGAGGUGCCUGAGGAGAAUAGGACUGCAUCCCGCGAGGGUAUUUGCAAACAUGUGCAGCGUGACGAGAUGUCAUUUGGAGCGAUUAGGAUCGGAGUCACUAUAGAGGGACAAGGUGAAGGAGCUGGAGAAACACGCCACUCCGGUUCCUAAUGCUGUUCAAAAGGGUCAUGUCAUAUACUUUGGUAUGGUGUCAUCCCCCCCCCCCCCACCCGAAAUGAAAAUCCAGGGAACAUUCCUGUUAUGUGCUGUUUAUCCAUGGAAGUUUUCCAUGGGAGCGAGAACGCAAGGUAGGAUAAGCCGAACUAGCUGUUGUAAUACGUUAUUUAGUUUCAGCACAGGAUGACAGGUGAACACUUAAACGAAGUGGAGCGGACGUGUAGUGGAGAGAAGUGGUGCACAUUACUUCACAGUAUAUUUUCCAGAUAUGCUUGUUCUCCUCCAUGGCACCAACUUUGACACGCAGCACCUUGAAGCGUCAGACAUCUGAACGGUGAGCUGUAUUAGAUGUUACGUCACCACGUCUGGUAAGUGCCUAGUCUCUAUACAGCAUUCCGGGGUAAGUAAUCGGACAGCGCUUUGCUAUUCUUCCAGGACAGUUUUAGUUUUAGUUUUAUUCCACGCUCUACUGCUUUACUUGUUUUUGUUUUGUUUUUUUCUUUCUUUUUUUCAGUCAUGCUGUGCUCUUGCUUCUGCUUCAAAGUCACUUCUGUACAAAAUUUUCCUAAUAAACGAUUCUAAACAAACGUCUCUGACGUAGUUAUCCUAUCACAUUACAUCACCAAUACUUUCACUCGUGGAAACCAUUGCGCGAUAGUUUUUAGUGCUAAACAUCAUUGUCAGAGCCUCUGACUCCAAUUUUCUGUGUGCGUAAUGCUGUGUUGGGCCGCAUACCCACAUGCGGGCAAUGUCUGCGGUAUAACGCGAACCCGGCGCGGUAAAUCCUUGCCGCGAGCAUUUAUAUGUCAAAGGGUCCAACGUGGUGGAGGGUCCAACGAGCUGGAGGAUCCACCGCUGCAUCCUUCCGCUCGUUGUAUAGUUUGACACGUUGGAUCUUCCAGCACGUUUGGACCCUCCUGCUCGUUGUAUACUCCAACACGAUGGAUCUUUCAGUACGUCCGGAUCCUUUAGCUCUUUGGAAACUUCUUCACGCGUUCCCCUAUACUUUGCGGGAAAGAUUAAUACCGCAAUCGCCCCCGGCGAUGAGACUCCCCGCCCAUUAGCCUGAAAUAAAGUUGUUUUUGUUAAUACCGCAAUAAACAGAUGGCCGAAAAACAUUGCGCAGGUGCGGUUAGGGACUAUACUAUGCAUCGGUUGUAUGCACAUCACCGCGAACGGAAAGCGCGGAUACGCACGGAGCCGUAAAUCAAAAUGAACGGUAGCAUUCGUGUGUGUUAUUCAUACCUGGCUAAAUGUAAUUAAUUUACAAGGAAUGUAAUUGAGGAAUGCCAUUGCACGGCCAUUACUGCCAGCAAGCCUCAUGAGGCUUUGAGGCUCUUUUUCUCACUUUACUUCUAUGGAGUUCUCCGUCAGCAGUUAGUCAGAGCUGGGGUAGCAAUACUUCCAGCGAGUUUCCUCGUGGGUCAGUGAAAUGACGAUUCGAUGAUACCGCGCUCCGCUUAGAACCGUGGCCCGCCGUCAUACUGACUUUGAUAUCUUGCCGGACGUUGGUGUCACAAUCUGAAAAGCGGACGUCAACGGCCGACAACGCUUCGUCGUAUGCCUGACGGGGCCGCUUUCGCUUUCCGUCCGAACUUCGUACGGAUACCUGUUGCCCAGAACUUGAGAAGCUGUAGCAUCCUCUUGUGGUGUGCAGCUGUGCGGUGUCCUCGGAUUGUCAGGGUCCGUAACCAACACAGGUGGGCAACCGGGCGUCGCUCUCCUUCCUUUCUGGCAGAUUUGCUGGCCUUGUAGUAUGCUAUGCACCGAUAGUAGCUGAUUGAAGGGUCUCUCGGAUGCUUCGAUUUGAACGAAAACUCCAGUACAGAAUUCGUCCACCUCCUCCAUUGGUACUGAAUGAUGUCGUGGGUCCUAUUAUGGGAGGGCUAAUACGUCGGGGCACUCCAGUUGGAAUUCAUACAGAAACGGUACAUGCGCACAAGCCGACCACCACAACCAAACUAAGCAGAAGGGCAAUGGUCGUAAGUUGUUUAGCCGAUGAAUCGUCUUCAAACAAUGAAGUCGACGCGUGUGACCUGCGUAGGUGGCAUGUCAGACAUUCGGGAGGAAAUAUUCCAAAGGGCAGAGGGGCCGACAUUGUGAAGAACUAUUGAACUCCAAAAGGUAUAGGCUCUCGCAUGGCCUGGCACUAACGAUGUCUAUCUCAUGAGGGACGAAACCUCUAAGUAAAUUUUGUUACGUUGUGUCGGAGCUCUCAACUUUACCAUUUAUUAUUGUUGAUCUCUAUCAUUGGUUCCUUCGUCUCGCAUUGUAUCCUUCCUCCCGUUGGAUCCUUGUUCCCGUUGGAUCUUCCGUCUCUGCUUGGACCCAAGUUCAGGUUAGAUACUUGUUCACGGCGUCACGUGACCCGAUUGGAUCCUCCUUCUCGUUGGACCCUUACGCUCGUUGGACCCUCGAGCCACAAGCAGCCGCGAGCUAGAGUAGAAGGUCGAGUAUCGCCUCUGGCGAUAGAACUCCCCACUCAUCAUCAUUUAUAUAAAGUUGUUGUUAUUGUCUUGCCGCGGGGUGGGAAAAAGCCUCUAUUCGUUGAUAGCGCAUCGCAUUUUUAGCGGCAUGCUACACAUUUUCGACCAAUCGGACGCGGUCCAGCGGAGACGGCAUGAAUGCACCCGGCAUGCUGAAGGCGAUUCCGCACGUCCCAUCUCUGCCGCAUGUGGGUACGGGCCCUUACGAGACGUUCGCAGGGAGAUAGGACAGAAAUAUCAAAUCACACGAACUCCUAAACAAUGCCCGCUUGUCGGGAUUUAAUUACUUAACUACUGAAAACGUUCGUUUUGAGAGUAAUGCACAGGCAAAAAGUAUCCGCAACAUUAACAAGGGUUCAAGCUUGUUUAAGUAUUGACCGUCAUUUCCGAUGUCAAUAUCUCAGAUUACCUAAUUCUCGUCGAGUAAAUAUUACGUGCGCUCCUUUGCAAGGGAGUGUGUUACUCACAGCACAAGGUGCCAGAGGUUCUACGCGAUUACCGCAUCUGUUGCCAUGCAAUGGUGUAUAAUCUAUCUGUCUUCUCAGAUACAGGCUACAGGGGCACAAGUAAAAAGUUAACGACUCUGAGUUCCACGAUGCUAUCAGCCAUCACCGGAGUAAACCCGCAUACAGCCAUUACGGAGAAGACAAUCAGUGUGCCCUACAGAACGAUACGCCCACGUCCACGGAAUAUUCUGGUGUGCGUGAUCGGAGACCCAAGUCUGCCCACCGACACUGUAGUUCCACCCGCGGGCCUGUGUACCUUCUACUUCUACCGUCCAGUGGAGACGCCUACACCGUUUGCCCAAAGCUCCCUUGGCUGGCAAUGGAUUCUGAAGCUCGCCAGCGACCACUCUGCUGCCAGCAAGUAUGGAGUUGAUAUCAGUGAAAGGCAUGUCAAUCUUUGGAACACACAUCUCUUGAACCAGGCGGACAGGAAUGUAAUUAGCACAUACAAGUCAUCCGGGGUUGUCAGCUACUCAGUAUUUGACACGAUGCUUGCAUGCGAUCGAACGCAUGAUGCCACAACGGACAUCAUCAAAGUCCUCAAGACCUUGCACGGCAUACCAGGCUCGCCCUCCUCCCAAGCAGGCCAAGAUACCCUCGACGUUAUAAUGAUAGGUGUUUCACCAUUACGUUCUGCUGUAAAGACGUGUGGUCAGAUUUUGAGGGACCACGUUCUUCGGCUCGUCAGAAAACUGAAUCCGUACGCGGUAUUGUUUAGAAGUACAUACAUGGCGCCACCGGAUUGCAUGCAACCAGCCUGCACGCCUAUCUGCAAGCUCCCUGGGAUGUCGAUCUGGAACGGUAGCGAGAUCGAUGACCAGCCAUCUAUGGUGGACGCACUGGAAUUCAAGGGUAGCGUCUUCUUGCCGUCAAGUACGCUACCUAUGCUUUCAUUCAGCCCACGAGGGCGCAUGAUAGGGAUGCCAGGAUGCCACCUAUGUGAGUGGAGUGAAGGCCAACGCAACAUACCCCAGUGCACGCAUGCCUACAGCAUGAGAACUGCUUCAUAUGUUUGUAGAGGCGGCUCCAGAUACUGUCAGCUUAACUCGUGGCCCCAGCAGCGCUCAAAGGACAUCCACGGGGUGCAAGAACUCUUGCGCAACAUUUAUUUUACUAGGAUACUCGCAUACGAAACCAACGCAACGCUAACGUUUAAGAUGUGCAACGCAGCAAAAUACUUUGGCUUCGACGGAAGCUGGGUUAUCUUCGACAUGGAAUACCUGGAUACGACGAAUGUCUGCCGCGACCAGGUCUUUGCUGACAGCUUCGCCAUCGUGCAUUGGGUUAAGAAACACAUGGAAAGUAACUUCUACACGUGCGACGGAAUUUGGAGGACUUCACUCGUCGAGAACGACUCGACCACUUGUAUAUUUGGUUGAAGAUGAUUGUGGAUAUAUGGAUACAAAUUUGAUAGAAAACGA